AUGCCGCGCCCACCCCUCUCCCAAAACCGCUCCCUCGCCAUCCUCAAAGCCGCCCGCGAGGGUGGCUAUGCGGUGCCAGGAAUGUGCUGCUACAACAUGGAAUCCAUAAUCGCCACGGUGCGCGCCGCCGAGGCAGCACGGUCGCCGGCCAUGGUCCUCCUGUUCCCCUGGGCGAUGCAGUACGCCGACGAGGCGCUCGUCAAGGCGGCAGCCAGCGCCGCCCACGGCGCCAGCGUUCCCAUCAGCCUGCACCUGGACCACGCGCAGACGCCCGAGCUCGUGCGCCGCGCCGCGGACAUCCCCGACGGCUUUGACAGCAUCAUGUGCGACAUGAGCCACUUUGAACGCGAGGAGAACCUACGGCUGACGUCGGAGCUCGUCGCCUAUUGCCACGAGCGCGGCAUCGCCGCCGAGGCCGAGCCCGGGCGCAUCGAGGGCGGCGAGGACGGUGUGGCCGAGACGGCGGAUCUCGAGGGUCUGCUCACCACGCCCGAGGAGGCUCAAGUCUUUGUCGAUACCGGUAUCGAGAUGCUGGCUCCAGCAUUCGGCAACGUCCACGGCGAGUACGGCCCACGUGGUAUCCGGCUCGAGUAUGACCGUCUCGAGUCUAUCAACCAGGCCGUCGGGGACAAGGUGUUCCUCGUUUUGCAUGGCGCUGACCCAUUUGAUCAAGAGAUUUUUACCAAGUGCAUCAAGGCUGGAGUGAGCAAGGUGAAUAUCAACAAGGGCAUGAACAAGCAUUACGCCCGCGUCCAAGAAGAGAUGAGAGGAAAACCUCUGACGAGCGUCAUUGAGGCAGGUACUGAUGCAAUGCAAAAGGCCAUCGAGCAAUAUAUGCAUUGGCUAGGUAGUGCCGGAAAGGCAUAG